CUUACAUUACACUCUGACGUUUACAAUAAGUUGUAUUCGAAUAUAGGAAUUUAAAAUCUAGUUGUAUGAUGUUUUUUAUUUAGAUUUAUCAGUGUAUGGAGAAUGUACGACGCUUGUUUGUUGUUGGUAAGAAGCUGUUUAUUGCCGGUUGUGUUAUCAAAACAUUUACGCUGUACGGUUUCGAUGUCUGGCUUCUUACGGAGAAAUCAAUGGAACCUACUUUAACAGACGGUGAAAUUGUACUAUGCUGUCCCAGUGGUCGUUUAAACCUUUAUAAUCUUAGCAGAGGAGACAUUGUAAUUGCAAGAAAUCCAACAGAGCCCAGAGAAAACAUAUGUAAACGUAUUGUAGGUAUAGCAGGUGACAGAGUGCCUUCAAACCACACUGGCCUAGAAGCAUUUGUUCCAGCUGGUCGGAUUUGGUUGCAAGGGGAUAAUUUAUCUGAUUCUAGAGAUUCUAGAAGUUUCGGAUCUAUCCCUAUAGGAUUGGUCCGAGGAAAACUGAUUUGUCGAGUAUGGCCGAUAGACUUCAAUCAACCCAAACUUAGUCAUUCAAUUAGCAGUAGUUCAUAACAAAGCAGCGUUGAAUUUUGUUUUUUAAAGAUAAAAUCAUAUUUAGUGUGAUGAAGUUCAAUUUGGCAAACUUACUAACUCUGAAAUUAAAUCAAUAUUGACACUAAAGAAAUAAAAUUCUAAAUCUAGUCUUCACUUAUUUGUUACAAAUGUCCUAAGGUUUUCCCUAUAUUUUACCUGAAAUGUUUUCAGA